ACUAGCUCAUGAAAAAAAUGGUGCUGGCCUAAACUACACUGUCAAUCCUGCUAGGAAGUUACUACAACUACCUGGUAAUUCUUUUUUCAAUGUACAAAAAGGUGUUCGACUGAUCACCCUUCACGUGUACUUUCUUUGUCAAAAAUUGAAUGAAUAGAUUUUCUUUUGUUUAUUUAGAUAUUGGUGAAGGUGAUGGUAUUGGCUAUAUUGGUGAUGGUAAUGACAAUGAUGGCAAUGUUGGUGGUGAUGAUGGUACUGGUGGCUUUGUUGGUAAUGGUGGCGAUGGUAAUAGUACUGGUGGUGAUGGAUCAGAAAACAGAAUAGGGGAAGGUACUUGUUCAAAUAAAUUCAUUCAAGUGAACCAAGGUCCAUCAGCAUCACUUCCAAGUGGUAUACCAACGUAUACUGUUAUCGUCUUAAACGCGUGUUUCUCAGGAAGUUGUAGUAUUUCUAACAUUCACUUGAGUUGUGGUUGGUUCAGUUCAGCAAGGCUUAUUAAUCCAAAGAUUUUCAGAAGACUAAACUAUAAUGACUGCCUUGUCAAUGAUGGACAACCUCUCACUGCUGGACAAUCUCUUACUUUCUCAUAUGCUAAUACUUUUCCAUAUAAACUUGCUGUUUCUUCUAUUGUCUGCUAAGUCAGAUAGUUUGUAAAAAUCUAUCUUCUUUUGGGAAGUUUUAGUAGUCUUAACUUGUCUAUGGUGUUGCUAAUAUCUUAAUGGCACAAUGCAAAUAAUAUCUCUUUCUAUUUUGUUAUUACUGUUCUGUUUCAGCAAGAAUGUCUUUUGUAGUGUGUCAUCUAUCCUAUUCGUGAUGACUGUAAAGUUGUCUCUGCCUGACCUAUAUGAUAAGAAUUCAAGCCAUUGAAACAACUGUCACAAAUGUAUACCUUGAUUAUGUGUAAACAACACAUCAAUCUAAAACAAUUGUGGUUGACUAUAUGAAUCCUUACUGAUCAUCUCUUUCAUUUAUGGACACCACUAACAUAAUUAUAGAAGCUGUAAUCUGUAAAUAGGGAAACAUAUCAAACUGAAAUUAAACUAACAAAACACUAAAAUUAAGAAAGUACAGACAGAUCAAAAUAAGUUGAAGGCAAAUUAUAUUACUAAUUGAAUUCAAGCAUAAACAUACAAGGAAAAUCCCUCUUGGCCAGCUUUCGCGCAACUUAACUAGUUCCAUACGAUAGAUGCCAUCUCCCACCAUACCAGGUAACUGUGUCCACUUUAUG